CGGUGGGGCCCAGCGUGUGGCCUGCGGAGAUGAGCGGUUCUAGCUCUGAAGUCGCCGUGUUCCCCUGUACUCGCACCUCAGUGUUAGCGCAGCUCGUGGCUGAAAGGUGCCCUGGUUGAAAGUGUUGGCUGCAGCCCUUGGACUUUCCGCAUUGUACAGUAUAGGAGGAACAGCACUCCCCAGGAUAUUUUCUCACAAGGAGAGAUGGUGGUGAAUCCAGAUGUGUGCUGCAGGAAAAUCUAGAAUUACUGUAACUAUAGAGAGAACCUGAGGCACAAUGGGAGACGAUAGCGAGUGGAUUAAACUGUCCAUUGACCAGAAAUGUGAACACAAGUUGUGGAAAGCCAGAGUGAAUGGCUACGAAGAAGCUCUGAAGCUUUUUCAGAAAAUAGAAGAUGAGAAAAGCCCUGAAUGGUCCAAGUAUCUGGGACUAAUAAAGAAAUUUGUGACAGACUCCAAUGCGGUGGCUCAGUUGAAAGGAUUAGAAGCAGCACUUGCCUAUGUUGAAAAUGCUCAUGUAGCAGGAAAGACAACAGGAGAAGUGAUUUCUGGAGUUGUAAAUAAAGUGUUCAAUCAACCUAAAGCCAGAGCAAAGGAGUUGGGUAUAGACAUAUGUUUAAUGUAUAUAGAAAUUGAGAAAGGGGAACCUGUACAAGAAGAGCUGUUGAAAGGCUUGGACAACAAGAACCCUAAGAUCAUAGUAGCAUGUAUAGAGACAUUGAGGAAAGCACUGAGUGAAUUUGGUUCAAAAAUAAUCUCACUAAAGCCAAUUAUCAAAGUGUUGCCAAAACUCUUUGAGUCUCGAGAGAAGGCUGUUCGAGAUGAAGCCAAACUCCUUGCUGUAGAGAUCUACCGCUGGAUAAGGGAUGCUCUGAGACCACCAUUACAGAACAUAAACUCGGUUCAGCUAAAAGAGUUGGAAGAAGAAUGGGUCAAACUACCUCCAGCAGCUCCCAAACAGACCAGAUUCCUGCGUUCCCAGCAAGAGCUGAAAGCCAAAUUUGAGCAGCAGCAGGCAGCUGGAGGGGAUGCAGAUGGAGGAGGAGAUGAUGGGGAUGAGGUUGUCCCACAGGUGGAUGCUUAUGAGCUACUGGAAGCUGUGGAGAUUCUUUCCAAACUUCCCAAAGACUUCUAUGACAAAAUAGAAGCCAAAAAGUGGCAAGAGAGGAAAGAAGCUCUGGAAGCUGUUGAAAUGCUGGUGAAGAAUCCCAAACUGGAAGCAGGGGACUAUGCAGACAUGGUGAAAGUUCUUAAGAAGGUUGUUGGAAAGGACACAAAUGUCAUGUUGGUUGCUUUGGCUGCCAAAUGCCUUGCUGGACUGGCUACCGGCCUCAGGAAGAAAUUUGGACAAUAUGCAGGACAAGUUGUCCCAACUAUCCUGGAGAAGUUUAAAGAGAAGAAGCCUCAGGUUGUGCAGGCCCUGCAGGAAGCCAUAGAUGCAAUCUUCCUUACGACUACAUUGCAGAACAUAAGUGAGGAUAUUUUGGCUGUGAUGGAUAACAAAAACCCAACAAUCAAGCAACAGACUUCCUUAUUCAUUGCAAGAAGUUUUCGUCACUGUACACCUUCUAGCUUGCCAAAGAGCCUGCUAAAACCCUUCUGUGCUGCUCUUCUUAAGCAUAUCAAUGACUCUGCCCCUGAAGUUAGAGAUGCUGCAUUUGAAGCUCUAGGCACAGCUCUGAAGGUGGCUGGAGAGAAAGCUGUGAACCCUUUCCUAGCAGAUGUGGACAAACUCAAACUUGAUCGGAUUAAAGAGUGUGCUGAAAAGGUGGAGCUGGCUUAUGGUAAGAACACAGGUGGAGCAGCUGAUAAAAAGGAAUGCAGACCUGCUGCUGGAAAGACCCCAGUUCUUUCAGGGGCUGCUGGGGACAAGGAUACAAAAGACACUUCAGCCAAAUCAGGACCUUUGAAAAAGGCUCCUGCUGCCAAGUCCGGGGGCCCUCCCAAGAAAGGCAAGACAGCUGCAGCUGCUGGUGCAGGAGGUGCUGGAACUAAAGGCAAGAAAGGAUCUGAGACCAAAGAGAUAUUUGAACCUGAACUCUCGAUAGAAGUGUGUGAAGAGAGAGCUUCAGCUGUCCUCCCAGCCUCUUGCAUACAGCAGUUGGAUAGUGGUAAUUGGAAGGAGAGACUUGCCUGCAUGGAGGAGUUUCAGAAGGCCGUAGAACUGAUGGAGAGAAGUGAAAUGCCUUGCCAAGCUCUGGUGAGGAUGCUGGCCAAGAAACCUGGGUGGAAGGAAACCAACUUUCAGGUAAUGCAAAUGAAGCUUCAUAUAGUUGCCCUGAUUGCUCAGAAGGGGAACUUUUCCAAAACAUCAGCCCAAAUUGUGCUGGAUGGUCUCGUGGACAAGAUUGGUGAUGUGAAAUGUGGGAGUAACGCAAAAGAAGCAAUGACAGCAAUAGCAGAAGCAUGUCUGUUGCCAUGGACUGCUGAACAGGUUAUGUCCAUGGCUUUCUCUCAAAAGAAUCCUAAAAACCAGUCGGAAACCCUGAACUGGCUUUCGAAUGCAAUUAAAGAGUUUGGCUUUUCUGGGUUGAAUGUUAAGGCUUUCAUCAGCAACGUAAAGACAGCUCUUGCAGCCACUAACCCAGCUGUAAGGACUGCUGCUAUUACCUUGUUGGGUGUCAUGUAUCUCUAUGUGGGACCCCCUUUGCGAAUGUUCUUUGAGGAUGAGAAGCCAGCUCUUCUCUCUCAGAUAGAUGCAGAAUUUGAAAAGAUGCAAGGGCAGACUGCACCUGCUCCAACUCGAGGCACUUCCAGACACAGCGGUGGCAGCGGGGAUGAUGGUGAGGAAAGAGAUGAGCAAGAGGAUAUAGGAAAUGAUGUUGUGGAUCUUCUGCCAAGAACAGAGAUCAGUGAUAAGAUCACAGCUGAAUUGGUGUCUAAGAUUGGGGACAAAAACUGGAAGAUCCGAAAGGAGGGUCUGGAUGAAGUCACGAGCAUCAUUAAUGAUGCCAAAUUUAUACAGCCAAAUAUAGGAGAACUUUCAGCUGCCUUGAAGUGUCGUCUCAAUGACUCCAAUAAAAUCUUGGUUCAACAAACACUAAGCAUCCUCCAGCAGUUAGCCAUGGCAAUGGGCCCAAACAUUAGGCAACAUGUGAAAAACCUGGGCGUUCCUAUCAUCACAGUUCUUGGGGACAGUAAGAACAAUGUACGUGCUGCUGCCCUGGCUACCGUGAAUGCCUGGACAGAACAGACUGGCAUGAAAGAAUGGUUGGAAGGAGAGGACCUGUCUGAGGAGCUCAAAAAAGAAAACCCUUUCUUAAGACAAGAGCUUCUGGGCUGGCUGGCUGACAAGCUGCCUACCCUCCGUUCUGUUCCUUCUGACUUGCUUUUGUGUGUGCCUCACCUGUACUCCUGCCUGGAGGAUCGAAAUGGAGAUGUGCGUAAAAAAGCACAGGAUGCCUUGCCAUUCUUUAUGAUGCAUCUCGGUUUUGAGAAGAUGGCCAAAGCUACUGGCAAGCUGAAGCCAACUUCCAAAGAUCAGGUACUGGCCAUGCUCGAAAAAGCCAAAGCCAUCAUGCCAGCCAAACCUGCUGCUCCUGUUAAGGCAUCUUCCAGAGUGGUAGGAGGAGCAGCUCCAGCCAAAUUCCAGACUGCAUCAGCACCUGCUGAAGAUUCAGGGUCCAGCACCAUGGAGCCCAAGCCUGACCCCAAAAAGGCCAAAGCAGGAGGAGCUGCCUCUAAAGCUAAGCAGUCUGAUGGUAAUAACAGUAUGUCCAAGGACAAUCCCAGCCUGCCCAAGGCUAAUACAAGCCUCACCAAAGGCAAUACCAGUCUGACAAAGAACAAACCCAUCAAGCAGGGUGCACAAGGGAAGAAGGUACCAAGUAAGCCCAACCUGAAGGAAGAUGAUGACAAAUCAGGUCCUAUUUUUAUCAUUGUCCCAAAUGGGAAAGAGCAAAGAAUGAAAGAUGAGAAAGGAUUGAAGGUGCUGAAAUGGAACUUCACUACUCCCCGUGAUGAAUAUAUCGAGCAGCUAAAGACUCAGAUGUCCAGCUGUGUUGCCAGAUGGGUACAAGAUGAGAUGUUUCAUACAGACUUUCAGCACCACAAUAAGGCACUGGCUGCGAUGGUAGAGCACUUGGAGAGCGAAAAAGAUGGAGUCAUCAGCUGCCUGGAUCUGAUCUUGAAAUGGCUCACCCUACGGUUCUUUGAUACCAACACAAGUGUUCUGAUGAAGGCCCUUGAAUACCUUAAAUUGCUUUUCACCUUGCUGAGCCAGGAGGAGUAUCAUCUUACUGAGAACGAGGCAUCCUCUUUCAUCCCAUAUCUUAUCCUGAAGGUUGGGGAACCAAAAGAUGUUGUCCGCAAGGAUGUGCGUGCCAUUCUGAAUAGGAUGUGCUUAAUCUAUCCAGCCAGCAAGAUGUUCACUUUCAUCAUGGAGGGGACAAAGUCGAAAAACUCCAAACAGCGGGCAGAGUGCCUGGAAGAGCUGGGGUGUCUUGUUGAGUCAUACGGCAUGAAUGUGUGCCAGCCAACUCCUGGCAAAGCGUUAAAGGAGAUGGCAAUUCACAUUGGCGACCGAGACAACACUGUCCGCAAUGCUGCACUCAACACCAUCGUGACUGUCUACAAUGUGCAUGGGGACCAGGUGUUCAAGCUGAUUGGAAAUCUUUCUGAGAAAGACAUGAGCAUGCUGGAGGAGAGAAUAAAGCGGGCUGCUAAGAGACCUGCUGCUGCUCCAGCAAGACAGGCAGAAGAGAAACCUCAGCGUGCUCCGAGCACGAAUGCUAAUGCUAGCGUGCUGAGGAAGGGACCGGCUGAGGACAUGUCUUCCAAACUCAACCAAGCCCGCAACACGAGUGGCCAUUCUGAGAUAACACAUACAGUUCCACGGGAAUUCCAGCUGGAUCUAGAUGAAAUUGAGAAUGACAAUGGCACAGUUCGAUGCGAGAUGCCAGCACUUGUACAGCACAAACUAGAUGACAUCUUUGAGCCAGUCCUCAUCCCGGAACCCAAGAUCCGUGCUGUGUCCCCACACUUCGAUGACAUGCACAGUAAUACAGCUUCCACCAUCAACUUUGUCAUCUCCCAGGUAGCCAGUGGUGACAUAAAUACUAGUAUCCAGGCUCUGGCACAGAUUGAUGAGGUCCUCAGACAGGAGGACAAAGCAGAAGCCAUGUCUGGCCACAUUGACCAAUUCCUAAUAGCUACAUUCAUGCAGCUCCGACUGAUCUACAACACACACAUGGCAGAUGAGAAACUGGACAAGGAUGAGAUAGUCAAGCUCUACAGCUGCAUCAUCGGGAACAUGAUCUCGCUAUUCCAGAUGGAGAGCUUGGCUCGGGAGGCCUCCACAGGAGUGCUGAAAGACUUAAUGCAUGGCCUCAUUACAUUAAUGCUGGAUUCACGGGUUGAAGACCUCGAGGAAGGGCAGCAGGUCAUCCGAUCAGUCAACCUUUUGGUGGUGAAGGUUCUGGAGAAGUCUGACCAGACCAACAUAUUGAGUGCCCUGCUUGUUCUGCUCCAAGACAGUCUGCUAGCAACAGCCAGCUCUCCCAAGUUCUCGGAGCUUGUCAUGAAGUGUCUGUGGAGAAUGGUGCGGCUUCUUCCUGAAACCAUCAAUAGCAUCAACCUGGACCGAAUCCUGCUGGACAUACACAUUUUCAUGAAGGUGUUUCCUAAGGAGAAGCUGAAGCAGUGUAAAAGUGAAUUCCCCAUAAGGACACUUAAGACUCUGCUUCACACUCUGUGCAAGCUGAAAGGGCCCAAGAUCUUGGACCAUUUAACAAUGAUAGAAAACAAGAAUGAAUCUGAGCUGGAGGCUCACCUGUGUCGAGUAAUGAAGCACUCCAUGGAUCAAAUUGGAAGCAAGACUGAUAAAGAGACAGAAAAGGGGGCGUCUCGCAUAGAUGAAAAGUCUUCAAAGGCCAAAGUAAAUGAUUUUUUAGCAGAGAUAUUUAAGAAGAUUGGCUCCAAGGAGAACACUAAAGAGGGUCUGGCAGAGCUGUAUGAAUACAAAAAGAAGUAUUCUGAUGCAGACAUUGAGCCCUUCCUGAAAAACUCAUCUCAGUUUUUCCAGAGCUACGUAGAACGAGGCCUCCGGCACAUUGAGAUGGAAAAGGAGGGCAAAGGACGCAUUCCUUCAUCUACAGGAAUUUCUCCUCAGACGGAGUUAACGUGUGUCCCCACUUCCACCAACACAGUGUCCUCAUCCAUAGGAAACACAAAUGGGGAGGAAGUGGGGCCUUCAGUCUACCUGGAAAGGCUAAAAAUCCUCAGGCAGCGUUGUGGCCUUGACAAUGCAAAGCAGGAAGACAGACCACCAUUGACAUCACUGCUGUCCAAACCAGCAGCCCCUACAGUUGCAUCCUCCACGGAUAUGCUGCACAGUAAGCUCUCUCAGCUCCGUGAGUCACGGGAGCACUACCAGCAUUUGGACCUAGACUCCAAUCAGACUCACUCCUCUGGCAUUGGAACCACCACCUCUUCCUCCUCUUCCACAGCAGCCAAUAUUGAUGACUUGAAAAAAAGACUGGAGAGAAUAAAAAGCAGUCGCAAAUGAAGCUGUUUGAGAGAGAGAGAGAGAGCAUGGCUGCUGCUUAGCUGUCUUCAGCUUUAGUUUACUAAACUAGAAGUCUUCAUAGUUAAAGGGGCCUCAUUUAGGCCUAGUGUAUACAAACUGAUUUAUGUAUAAUACAGUGGAUUUUGGGGGAUGAUCUGAGUCAUUGUGGCACAAGUAUUUGUACAUACUCUGCUUCUCAGUGAGCAUCUCUUGACAAUAGAAGAUUGUCUGUGUAUUAGGUGUAGUGUACAGACCUGUAAACAGCUGUCCUCCUGCUCAGACUAGCUUCUCAUACCUUGGUUUUUUUAUUUGUAAAAUUGUAUUAAGAUCUUUUCUUAACUCUUAGAAGCUCUUUAGUGGUUUCACUUUUAAUUUUGUGAAUUCUUCUCCAUGUAAUCCUUGAACUGUUGAUUCUGUAUGGACGCAUGGCAUGGCGUAACUAAUUUAAGUGUCUUUUGUAAAUAAAGUUUGCAUUAACUAUACCAGUCCCUGUAGGAGCAGCAGUGACUGUCCAUGGGAAUAGAAGCCACUGUGUAUUCUUAGAUGCUAGUGAAUGGGUAUUGCUGAGCUGAAACCAGCAGCUCUUGAGCUGAAUACAGCAAUGGACUGCCCUGCCCUGCCCUGCUACUGCUACUAUUCCUGGAAGGGAACCCUGGACUUCUCAGCCUUUUAUUUCUACCAGCAGUAUUGUUGCUGUUAAUAUGGCUGCCUUUCAACUUCUUCCUAAGAACAUUCAGGAAGUAGAAAGGGAUUAUUGACUUUGCUAGACAUUUGUUAGUCUAUCUAGCAACUUCAAGUUACAGGCCCUGUGAAGUCACUACCCAAGAGCAGGCAUAGUCCCCAUUGUGAAUAAGUGCAGUGACACAUCUGCCCCCUUCAAGAGAGGUUACUGAGAGAGAGAAAUGUUCUUACAGAAUAGGUAAGCGGCGUCCCAUGUUCAAAAUACUCUCAGCUAGGAGUCAAAGCUCAUGGGGUUUUCCAUCAUGUAGCUGUGUAUAUGCAAGUGCAUCCCAGCCUACAGAACCACCAUUGCAAUUAUAAGAAUCUGCUUAGGGUGAUGGCAUGCUAAAAUCAAAAUGUCUACAAGUUCUGUGGUAAUACCACUUUUUGAAGAUUGUUGCCAUUGGUUGUGAUUAGUAAGAGGACAUUUCCUCUGGCUACUACUUCCCACAAAAAUCCUUGGGCAUAAAAUUUUGAUCCAUAUUGCAUUGACUGCUUACUAUUUAAUGUGAUGGUUGUCUUCAGCACACUUGUUAUGGAAUAUGACUUGCAUGUGUUUUUGAGCUGUAUCCUGUGAUACUCAUGGUACAGAGGGUUUCUGUAGUAUAUUUCUGCUUCUAGGUUCAUCUCUGCUCCCUGAAAAGGUGCUGCUUCAUGAUCUAUUCUCUAAGCCAGCAGUUCCUACCACAGGGCUGGCAUUUAACUAAUCUUGGCUGAAUUUUAAGGCAUCUCUGAAGAAUAUAGUUUAAAUCAUUACUGUCUGUACAUCAAUUCUGUGCUGCAGCUUCUGCAAUUCUCUCCUGCAGAAAUGAUGGGGCUGGAGUUCUAGUGAGGCAGUAACCUGCUACUUAGUGCCUGGAGUGAAUCUGUGUAGUAUGGAAGGAAUCCCCAUCUUAUGUUAGUGGCCAGCUGGUGUCCAUCACUUCUCACCCCUGUUCUAUUCCUGCCAGGCUUUUUGUCGAGUUCUUCUGAAAAUAAUUCUAGGCAGAGGGUGGCCUCAUAGCUCUAUGCCAUUGAAAAGGGUAUGACAGAGCACUCAGACAAUCUGCAGCUGGGGCAAAGUGUUGACAGGGUGUAGCUGGACAGUUUGUGUUUGCUGGAAUGGGAGCCACUGCUGUCAUCACUCAAUUAGUGCUGUGUUGCACUGAUAAAUUGCCAGUUACUUUCUGGGUUAUGGUUUGCCUUUUGCACAAAGUCUCAAAGUAGCUGACCGACUCAGUUCUGCUGUUACAUUACUAUAUGUUGUAAAAUGCUGCAUCCUCUGUUUGUAAUUACCAAUUGGUGCAGUAGUGAGUGAAGUAAAAGGAAUGCCUGUAAACCUGUACAACACUAACUUACAUUUCAUAUUAUUUUGGAUGUUAAGUUCAGAAGCAAUUAAGUAUCAAUGGUAGAAACCAGUAUUAUCUAAGGUUUUUGCCCUAUGUUGCUUCUGCAGUAUAGCUUAUUCUUGGCUAAUGGUGUAUGGUUGGGCCAGGAAUUACUUGAUAGGUAAAUGUAGGCUGUUAAUUAAAAAAAGCACACUAAUCAGCCUAUUGCAGAUAUUUCCAUCCCAUUAGUUAAAUUUUGUUUCAAAACAAGUGUGUAACAAGUCUGCCUUUAAAGUGACUGUACCAGACAUGGAACUAGUCUUUUUCCUCAUUUUCCUACUGUUAGACUAAGUACAUUAGAAUUGACAACUGUUUUCAUAGUCAGGACAUUUUACUCCAGACUCUUGUAAGCAGAGGCCAUUAAAUGUAUAAAACAA